UAUUACGACUCGUGGGUCGAGAGGGACGAAGAGUGUCGGCAACGGUUCACGCGUUACCUAAACACCCAAAGACCGGACAUUCAACGCCUGUUCGCACAUCAGUUCGCGUUCGCAAACUUUGCCGUACAUUACGUUCAGCAGGAGUUGUGCUCAUUCUCGCUCCGGGAGGCUAUCGAUCGUAUAUUAACACAUUUUCAAUUAGACCAUGGCCAAUUACUGCCACCCGUAGGCUAUUACAUUAUGGCCGAGUUGUUGUACGAUCUACUUGUAGCUAUUGAUUAUGCUGGUACAUUUGUCAAGUUGGGUGGUUUUGGUUUGGCUACAGAGCACAUAAGUGAUGAUCAAUCUCAUACUCAGUGCUCGGGUGUAGACGAGUAUUUGGCGCCUGAGGUCCGUCAGGGGCGCCGAUACGACACAAAGUGCGAUAUGUAUAGUUUGGGCGUUACUGUUCAGCAUAUGUUUAACUUUGAUGCCAACACUUUGUUGUGA